GUCUACUGUAUCGUAGUUUUUGUGGCCGUAUUGGGGCUAUCGUUGGCCGCACCCAAAAAGAGGUCCGACGAUAAAAAUUGCAAGAAGGACGAUUUUGACAAACACGCCAGCAACGUGUUCGGCCAGUUUGGUCUAGAUGAACUCAGUUUCCCGGAGUCCAAGUCACAAUUGAGUGCGUACUGCAAGAAAGCCAAAGAGAGCACAGAAUUCUCCAAACAAUACGGAGUGAAUUGCCUGAAGAGCACAUCACAAACCCUCAUGAGUUUGGCUAAUUAUAACUUUGACAAAGUGAACAAGGCCUACUGCGCCAAGAAUGGUAAACUGAAAGAAUCAUGGGUUAAUUGGGGCAAGUGCGGCAACCAGGCCAAAUCCAAAACAGUAAAAUGCUGGGACAGCAUGAUAGUGACCAUGGCCAAUGCUAAAAAGAUUGUGAACAGCAAACACAGAAUACCUACCAUUAUACAUUAUAUU